AUGGGCGACCUAGGCCGGCCCUUCAGACCCAUUGCCCCUCGGACCAUGCCUCCAGGCGGCGGUCCUGGGGGUGACAAGCCACCUGGUGGUGGGAACGGAGUUCCCCCGGAGGAGGGCAAGAUGAAACGGGCGUCAACGGCCUGUAAAGAGUGCCAAAAACGCCGGACUAGGUGUUCUGGCAUGCCGUGUACGGAAUGUGUCGCCCACGGGCGUGAGUGCGUCACCGAUGAGCUCUCCGACAGACGCCGCAAGGCCGCCGCCAAGAAGACACAAGAGGAACUUGCGGACCUACGAGGAUUUGUGGAACAAGUGCUCGAUAUAUUCCGUAGCAAUGACGAGACUCAUCUGCAACAUUUCAUCAACACGGUCCGCGCUGGUGCCUCCACAGAGCAGAUCCGCGCCACAGUGGAACAACUCCGAGGUCAACGACAGUCACAGCAACCACAACAGCAACAACAUCCACAGCAAUCACAACCUCCUCAGCCUCAGGCUCCCAUCCUUCCCCAUCCGCACCAAGGUCCGCCGAAUCCAGUUACCGAUAUGGACCCCAAUAUGAUGAAUCCGAACAUGGGCAACUACUAUAGCCCGCACCCGCAACAUUAG